AUGAACCCUAGCGAAGGAAAUGAGGGGCACAAGAAGCAGCAGUCACACACCACCACGAAGGGUGGCUCUGGUGACGACAAACAUGGUGGGGCGAAAGAGCCCAAGCAAUACGAGGCCUCCAAGGACAAGCCCGGCGACGCCCAUCAAGCUGUAAAGGAUACGACCAGCUCCUCGAAAGACUCUGCGCAGAAGCACCAUCAACCUUCGUUGCAAAAAUCUGCGGAGCGAAUGCGUGACAAGGCAAGCUCAUCUCUUGAGACCGCUACAAAGCGCUACGAAUCUGCCAAGGAAAAGGCUGCCGAAAAAGCCCAUGAAGAGGAAAAGGCGAAACAUACGUCGACGAGUCACAAGCCUGCAGAUAAAUCAAGUGUGUCCAAGGAGGCGGGUGGGGUGCAGCAGCUCCCCGAGGAAGCUGGCACGCACAAGACAUCAAACACUGAACCAUCAGAAAAGGCUCCAAAAAGUUUUGCCGGUGGUAGUGCUUCGCAUCACGUCGAGUCGGCCAAGGAUAAGACAUCGGACACCGCAUCGCAGCAUUCCGAGUCAGCCAAGCACAAGGACUUCGAAGCUGGUGACAAGGCCAAGCAGCAAGUGAGCUUUACCAAGCAAAAAUCAGGUGAACUUGGCGAGACUGGCAAGGGGCAAGCGAGCUCUGCCAAAGACACAGCGUCGCAUCAGGACGAGCCAGCGAAAGAAAUGGCGCGCAAUAUCAAGGACAAGAUCUCCGACGUUCCUGACACUACGUCGCGCUUGUACGAAAAGGCAAAAGAGAAAGCAUCGGAAGCACAAGAAAGUGUGAAGCACAAAGCCGACACUGCCAAACAUACUGCUGCGGACGUUGGGGACUCCGUCAAAGAGAGAGCAGCCGAUGCGAAAGACGCCUCGACUCAAGCGUACGAGAAGGCCAAGGAAAUGGCGGGGGACACGCAAGAGAACGUCACGGAAAAGGUCCGCGCUGCGAGAGAGACUGCGGCUCAGCAGUUGGAAAAGGCGCAACAAACUGCAGCCGAUGUUCGAGAUAUGAUGAAGGACAAGGCUUCCAGCGUUCAAGAGACUGCGUCGCACGCUUACGACAGUGCCAAGCAACAGGCUGCGGAUGUACAAACCGCGACAUCUCAGUACUACGAUUCGGCGAAGGAAAAGGCUGCCACUGCCCGCGAUACGGUGAAGGACAAGGCAGCUGACACCCAAGAGACUGCAGCUGAAGCGCUGGAAACGGCCAAAGACAAGGCGCACAACAUUCAAGACACAACGUCGCAGUACUACCAAGCAGCCAAGCAGAAAGCGGCGGACGCACAAGCGAGUGUGAUGGACACAACUACUUCUGCCCAGGACACGGCCGCAGACUAUAUCGACACUGCAAAGCACAAGGCCGUGGAUGCAAAGGACGCAAUCAAGGAGCAGGUUGUGGCGGCGAAGGAGACUGCGGACGAUGUGUAUGAUUCAACCAAGGAGAAGAUUGGUGCCGCCAAGAAGACAGUGUCAGAGUACAUGGAAGCGGUCAAGGAGAAGGGCGCGGCUGUCCAGCACAAGGCAUCACAUGUGUACGAAUCGGCGAGUGAAGGGGCCACUAAUGUGGAACACAAGGCAUCGGACCUCUAUAUGUCGGCGAAGGACAAGGGAAGAGCUGUGAAGGACUCUACAGUGCACUUCUAUGAGGCCGCCAAGGACACGGCGGUGCGCGCGAAGGACGCGGUGACGGGUGCUGCCGCGACGGUACACGAGAAGGCGUCCAAAGCGUAUGUCGCUACGAUGGACACGGCGACGUCGCUUCAAGAAUCGACUUCUCAGUACGCGCAUGCAGCAAAAGAGAAGGCUGUGCAUGCGGAAGAGAAAAUGGUGCACAUGUACGAAGCUGCCAAGGGGAAAAUAAUUGGCACUGAGGAAUCAAAGCACACGUCUGAGCACGCUCAUGGCAAGGAGCCAAAGCCCACGACGAGUGAAGAUACGGAUGAAUGGGGCUAUGCGAUGGUUGAAAACCCAGAAAAGUCUGUCAAACAGCGAAGCGCGGAGACUCUAGCUGCGGUCAAAGAGCGCGGACAUGUCAAAGUCGUUCUCAAGCACGCACCAGCACACGAAAACCCCUCCGAAGCUGCUGCUACUGCCCAUGGGGGCCACUCUGCCCAAGGGGGCCACUCUGCCCAAGGGGGCCACUCUGCCCAAGGGGGCCACUCUGCUUAG